AUUAGUUUGAAAAUAUUGCAAGUAAUUAGAGCUUAAAUAUUUAGUGUUGGACAAUUCAUUAAUACUUGAAUAGGGACUGGGCACUAAUAUCAAAGAUUGGAAUGAAGUUUACUGACAUGCCAAACAUAGUUUAUGUUAAUUUAUGCACCAAGCCUACCAGGCAUUGCGUUUUUCCAGAUGUCACUGGUAAUGCAAAAUGAAAGAUGGAAUAAGGGAAUAUAAAUAAUUUCCCGCGAUUUUAGCCAGACAUCAACUAGUACUUCUAUAACCACAUUAUUACGAAAAAGAAAAACAUUCCUCAUAAUUCUUCAACAUGGUUCUUGAUUCGUUAGACGCGUAUAUAGAAAUAUUAUCUGGAUAUAUUUAUGAUGAUGACAAAUUGGUAACAUAUAAAUGGCUUAGUAAAGAAUUAGAAAUUCAUGUAAAUAUUACUAAGCAAGUAUUAUGGGAAUUUUGGCAACGGUAUAGAAAAGAAAAGGAUUUAGAAGCUACAUUUAUGCUGAUAGGUUAUUUAGAGGAUGGAGAAAUGCGUAUAGAAGUUGUAAAGGAAUCACAUCUUGAAGGAGCAAAGGAAAAAUUUACUAAAUUAAUAUCGGAACAUCUGUACAGUUUACAAAAGACUUUGCCAGACUUGGAAUUGCUUGCUAUGGUGGAUGACGGAGAUUGUCAGUAUAGUGCUAUCAAAUGUAAAGAAGCUGUCAUAAGAAGCGAUGAUGAACUACUAAAAUUACGCUGGGGGACACAGUGGCAAAAAGUGAAACAAAUAGAUUCAGAUAAUAAAGACAAGAAACAGGUAGCAGGAAAAAUAGAGAGUAAAGCAGCAGAAAAAACAAAUAUCUUUGAUAAGAAAGGUCCUGCUGGAAAAAAGUCCCUGAAAACUCAAAAAGGAGCAUUUAAUAACUUCUUUAAUAAAGUUGACCAUCAACAAGUAUCUGUAAAUAGCACUUCUCCUAAAGUUACUGAGAAAACAGAAGAGAAGAAGGAUGGUGUGAAUAAUGUGGGAAACAAUAAAACAUCUAAACUUGCAAAGUCUCCACCAACUGAAUCAAAGAAUGAAAUCUCAAAUGCCUUCAAUAGUUUCUUUGGAAAAACGACAGGUGUUUCAUCAAAGGAAUCAGAUUCUGAGUAUGCGAAAAAUGCAGUCACAGGGAUGGAAGUGGAUUCAUCACCCAAGAAAGAAUCCCCUUCAAUGAAGAAAGAUUCUUCAAUGACUGAUUCGAUGAUAGAAAAUAACAAAAAUAUUACCAAUAGUAAAAAGCCAACAAAAACUAAUAAAUCUACAAGUAAAUCACGUGGGAAAAAACGUCAAAGAAGUGGAGGAACACAUAGCGCAGAAAACAAACGGAAACGCAUUACAGUCAUUUCCGACUCCAGUGAAGACGAGGAAGAGUCUCAAGAAGAAGAGAAAUUCGAGGAAGAUAUUGUGCCUGAAGAAGUUCCUUCACCUGCAAAGACUACCGCUCCAUCACCCCCUCUUGUUAAAAGAGAACAAGGUAAACGAAAGAUACGAAAAAUUCUGGACAAGACAUUUGAAGACGAAGAUGGCUACCUCGUAACGAAAAAGGUGUCUGAAUACGUAAGUUGUUCAGACGAAGAAAAAGAAGUUACGGAAAUUGAAAAACCAAAAACUGUAGUGCACCCGAAAAAUUCGAAGAACACGAAACAAACAUCCAUAAUGACCUUUUUUAAAAAGUCUUGAAAGUACACUUGCGCAUAUAUAUAUAUAUAUA